CCCCCCCGCGCCAAUCCCCCUUUCCCUUCUUCAACCACCUCCCUUCCUCUCCCUCCCGAUUCAACAUCCAAUAUGAGCUACAUCCUCACCCUUUCCUGCCCCGACCGCCCGGGCAUCGUCCACGCGGUGACGGGGUACCUGGUGCAGAACAACCUGAACAUCAUCGACUCGUCGCAGUUCGGCGACCCGACCUCGGAGCGGUUCUUCAUGCGCGUGCACUUCAAGCCGGAGAGCACGCCGGCGCCCACGCUGGAGCAGCUGCGGGAGGCGUUCGCGCCGACGGCCGAGAAGCUGGCCAUGACCUUCGAGCUGGUCUCGGCGACGGCCAAGCCGCGGGUGCUGAUCAUGGUGUCGAAGAUCGGCCACUGCCUGAACGACCUGCUGUUCCGGGCGUCGACGGGCCAGCUUGCCAUCGACAUCCCACUGAUCGUCUCUAACCACCCGGACUUCGCCGCCCUGGCCGCCACCUACAACAUCCCCUUCAUCCACCUGCCCGUCACCGCGGCCACCAAGGCCGAGCAGGAAGGCCGCAUCCUCGAGCUCAUCGCCGAGCACAACAUCGACCUGGUCGUCCUCGCCCGCUACAUGCAGGUGCUCUCGCCUAAGCUCUGCGACGCCAUGUCCGGCAAGAUCAUCAACAUCCACCACAGCUUCCUGCCCAGCUUCAAGGGCGCCAAGCCCUACCACCAGGCCUACGACCGCGGCGUCAAGAUCGUCGGUGCCACCGCCCACUUCGUCACCAGCGACCUCGACGAGGGCCCCAUCAUCGAGCAGAACGUCGUCCGCGUCAACCACGCCCUCAGCCCCAAGGAGCUGACCCACGCCGGCUCCAACGUCGAGAGCAACGUCCUUGCCACCGCGGUGAAGUACUUUGCCGAGCACCGCGUGCUGCUCAACGGCCACAAGACCGUGGUGUUCAACUAGACACCCCGAAACAAAAGUUAUACCACAUCGACUUCUAUAUAUACAAAAGAUUCAUGUACACCUAAUGUGGCUUUAAUUUUCAACCUCCCCCCCAACCCAGGGGGAGGGCCCCAAAACAGAAUGGAAUCUAAUGUACAUACCGGCCCAGAAAUGCAUUCACGUAAUCA